CUUAGGGGCACUUUUGAGAACAGGGGAGCUAAUUACAACCCUGAAUUCAGUCAUCCCUCGGAGGGGGAGCCAUUCAUUACGCUGUGGACCAGAAAAUCCGGAAGUCCAGUUCAACGUCAAAACCAACCAUAUUUCCAUCUCUAUAUCUCUCUGCAAAAUGACACCUAGCCAUGCUCCCUCCCAGUCCCCAGAUCCUUUCGACACUCUCCUCACUUUAGAGGAUGACCUCUACACCACCGCUCAUGCAGCCGGUGUUGCCGACGGAGCACGUGCUGGUCGCAUCGAAGGCCGAAUCUUCGGUCUUGAAAAGGGAUUCGAGAAGUUUGCUUCUAUGGGAGUUUUGCAUGGGAGAGCUUGUGUUUGGGGUGCUCGAUUCCACUCAGUCCGCUCUGCUACUGAGCAAGAAGUAGAGAAUGUUAGUCAAGUAGAAGUGAAAGAAGAGGGAAAGAAAAGAGCAGGAGCAGAAGUGGUACGGGAGGAAGGGAAAAGAGUUCAGGAUUUCGGGGCGUACGGCGAUGUAAAAGAGGAGCUUCCCACCCUGCCAACGAAUCCAAGAUUGGAAAAGCAUGUCACUACUCUGCAUGCCCUCACUGAUCCCUCAACCUUCUCAACUGAAAAUGCAGAGGAUGCAGUUGCAGAUUUCGACGACCGAUUCAAGCGUGCCAGUGCGAAGGUUAAAAUAAUAGAACGCAUGCUAGGGGAAGCAGAUUCAGCAGCCUCGGUCGGAACUAGCACGGAGCAGGGAGGGAAGGUAACUGUAAGACGAAGCGUGAAGAUUAGUGGAGAAGGAAAGAAAGAUGAUAGCAUGGAAGACUUCGCGGGUUCACGAUUUCUGAGUUGA